AGCGACAUGGCUGCUAUGGAGUCAUUAAACCUGCGGAUCCGGGGCCAGUUGAUGUUCCCAUUGUUCUUUUCCUGAGCAGAACGGAUCAAGUUAAAGUCACCGGCCACCACUAAAGGUACCGGGCAGUGCAGGACCGCCUGCUCGAGCUCCCCAAGAAACUCAUCAGUGCGGCUAUGGUCAGCCGGACCGUAGACCAACAUGAAGCACCACUUCAUGUUGGUGUUACGCUGCAGGACAAUAGCGCCGAGGAAGAAGGUACCCAUCCUCCACGUCCCCACCUCGAAGGAUUCAUCCCGAAAACCCAAGAGCAUACCACCGGAGUGUCCCACCGCCGGUAGGUGGUUCCAAGCGAAGAGUCCUCCCACCUCUAAGCUACGGAGCUCCGCAGGUUUCGGGAUAAACAGCUAGGCAAGAGAGGACAGCCGUGCCGAAAGGGCAUUAACAUGGGUAUGAGAGAUCCUAGUGAGAAUAGAGACAUAUCUGCUGAGGCUAAUAAGCAAUGAAACCAAGCUAGAUAAGCCUUCAUAUCUAGGGUUUUUUAUCCUCCCUUAUGUGCAAGUCGGGAGAGAUCAGGACAUGAUCUGUUACUAGGUGCAGUCUUUAUCGUUUCUGAAGGUCUAUAGUUAAUUUCAAGUUGCAGCAGCGCUCAUACUGUAUAGAUUCCUGCAUUCAUAGCAUUAUCUAUGCCUGCUUGGAAGUUAUAAUAUUAGCUUUGGGUCAUAUUUUUGGUUUCCGCAUUGUUUCCAUUUGACAGGCUGUUCCUUCUUGCAUGCAUGGACAAAUGCGAUGUUGUUUGCUGAGAGUUACUUCAAAUUUGUGUUGAGCUAGACAAACAGAGGUCUAACCAAGUUAGCCAUAGUUGGUGCUUUUUUUUGAAUAACCAAAUUAUCUGAAUCUGGGUAUCAUUAUCAAUGGCUAUUGCUUCUGAUCCGAGCCCUCUCCAGGACUUCUGUGUCGCAGACAACAGCUCGCGUGUUCUUGUUAACGGAUUUGUCUGUAAAGACCCAAAGGACGUGAAAGCUGAAGACUUCUUCUUGGCGGCCAAGCUCGACAUGCCAAGAGACACGAAAAUGAACAAGGUUGGGUCGAAUGUCACCUUGAUCAAUGUAAUGCGGAUUCCCGGCCUGAACACAUUGGGCAUCUCCUUGGCGCGCAUCGACUAUGCACCUUUAGGUGAGAACCCACCGCACACUCACCCGCGUGCCACGGAGAUCCUCACCGUGCUUGAAGGGACCCUUUAUGUUGGCUUCGUCACAUCGAACCCAGAAAACAAGUUCUUGUCGAAGGUGCUCAACAAGGGUGAUGUAUUUGUAUUCCCAGAAGGGCUCAUCCACUUCCAGUUCAACCCCAAUCCCUACAAACCAGCGGUGGCAGUUGCUGCACUUAGCAGUCAGAACCCUGGUGCUAUCACCAUUGCCAACGCCGUAUUUGGAUCAAAGCCUAUGAUCUCAGAUGAUGUUCUCGCCAAAGCUUUCCAGGUUGACAAAAAGACCGUGGACUGGCUUCAAGCUCAGUUCUGGGCAGACAACCACAACUAGUUAAACAUUGUAGCGACUAUGUAUGUGCAAAAUAAUAUCAGAUAGUUUCAUAUUUCAUUUUUUAUUGUAUUUUCUUAGCUUUUAAAUCAUAUACCAUGUACUGGUGAAAUAUGCUGUUGAACAAAAUUUGCUCAGUACUGCAAAUGAAAUACUCUGAACAUGUCAGGAAUUUGUUUAA